GUAUUUUACAUUAAAGCACUAUCAAGUGAUUUACUACAAUUGCCGACAACAUGUGAUGAUUUGUGGAAAAUUUAUAAUAUAAGAAAAUCGGGGAAUUAUGUUAUAGAUGUGGACACAGAAACGGGUCGAUUGCAGCCUUUUAGUGUUGAAUGUGAUAUGGGAUCCGGAGAUGAUAUUUAUGCCGUUAAGACUAUAGUACAUCACAAUUCAGAAACAUCAGAAUCGGUGCGCGGAUAUGAAGCGCCCGGUUCUUACAUUAGGAAUAUUACUUAUGGAAGAGAGUCACGUAUCGAUGAAAAACAAAUUGAAAAACUCAUUGACAUAUCCUAUUCAUGUCAACAAUACAUCCGUUGGGACUGUAAGGGAGCAAUGUUUGGAUUUUGGUAUUCAAGAGACAUCGAUAACUGGUGGAUAGGAAGGGGUUGGAAAAAUCAGUUUUAUUGGGGCGGCGCUGAAGUCGAUUCAAAAAGUUGCGGCUGUUUUCCAUACUGCUAUCCAACUGUCCGCAACUCAACCUGUAAUUGUGAUGCAAACUUAAAGCUCAAUUGGCUCGAAGACUCGGGUCUAUUGCUCGACAAAACCAGAUUACCUGUUCUUCAAUUGAGAUUUGGGGAUACGGGCGAGUCAUACGAAGCGGGUCAAUACAUUUUAGGACCACUAGUAUGCCGAGCCAGGGCUCAUAAAGUUAUAGAUAAAGGCAUAUUUAUUGCACCGGUCACUAUUGAAUCUCCCGGUUAUCCCUUAAAUUACCCACCACCAUUUUAUCGAUAUAAAUGGCGAGUAAUCAUUGGUGAACAACAAAUCAUUGAACUAGUCUUUCCAUACUAUGAUGUCAUUCAUUAUGGGGCCUAUAAUUCAGUUCCCAACUGUCGGUUCACUUUUGAGAUAGACAUCAAAAACUCGACCGGAUUUACACUGCAAAGCAUUUAUAGAGAAAAGGCUUCUCCGCCUUAUUUCAUAUCAGAUGGAAAUCAGACUAUAGUUGACAUGACUUUUACAACGUGUAACCAAUUAAAAGACAUCGAAAAAAAAGGAUUUAUGGCUAAAUUUCGAAAGGCUGAGUGCGUCGGUUGUAAUGUUGGUUUCGGUCAAAACGUUACCAAUUGUCACAUUAAACUCAAUCAAUGCGCUACCAUAUCAUCACAUGGAUAUCCAUUUCCACAUUAUGUUUACGGAAAUUUUGGUGAACAUUAUAUGCAUUUGUGGAAUAUAUCAACAAUUGAAGGACAUGUCAUCCAAAUUGAAUUCAAUGAUUUCGAUAUAAUCUUCACUCCCGGUGUUCACUACUGUGACUCCGAUUUGCUUACUGUAUACGACAUUUCAUUAAAUGAAACCAUAAAAACUGGUACUUAUUGUAAUAUAAAUAGAUAUAAUAUCGGAAAAUUGUUGUCCGAUACAAGUUAUAUGUUAUUACAGUUGAAAACAACACUGAAAAAAGUUGGUAACAGUCGUGGAUUUCACGCAACUAUCAGAUCUGUUCCGAAAACAAAUACAGCAAAGAAGUGGAUCAAUAACAUAGCAGAGGGUAAACCAACAGAUCAGAGCUCAACAAGAGCUGGUUUAGAGGCAUCACUUGCUGUGGACGGCAAUAUGGAUAGAAAACAAUUGUCCAAAUGUACGGCCACUAACUAUGAACACGAGCCGUGGUGGAGGGUUAACCUACAAAAAAGACAUCGUAUUUAUGGCGUUCAAAUCAGUUCAGCCGAUAUUAUUUUACAACAGGAAGAUCUGUACUGGCCUUAUGGUCAAUACGGACUACCUAUGCCAGUGUCUGGUUGUCCGUCUUAUUUUGAAAACAAAUGGCAAACGGGUACGCGUUUUCAUGACGUACGGCACGAACCUGUUCAGGACGACCGCCUCCGAUAUUGGUCUCAAGGAAUUAUGCUUAAGGGAGGCGCCACUGAUAAUGGCAUUGAACAACACUUCUGCAUCAGAGAUUACAAACCUAUUAAUGAUACUCCAGUGCCAAAUGCCAACAAUUUCGGAUGGAUGCCCGGGAAGUACUGCAUCUUUCAAGUGGGUGACACUUGUCCCGAGGGGUUUACUUCCGGUUCAAUUGUUUGGUUUGAUAAAAGCAAUACAACUUCAUUGUCAGAGAGCAGGAAUCAAGUUAAAGGAGUACUUCCUAAAGGAUUUUAUACAAAAUAUAAUACAACAAUAUAUUUCUGCUGUCGUGAAGAUGGAAAUCCUGAUGUGUCCAUUAAAUUGCCAAAAGACAGACCUUUCUAUUUGUUACAAUACGGUGACGAAUGUCAGAAAGUCGAAGGAAUGUCCGAAAUCGAGCAUUUCUUUCAUUAUGAAGAAGAAGUACAGCUUUCGGGUAUUAGUUUAGAGUUGAUAUUUAUUCCGGGAACCACUCAACUCAAAUUUCAAGACCCACACCCACGCGUUGAUAUUGCACUCUUCGAAAAAGGAUUAACACUUCAUUAUUGCUAUUAUGAUGUCUCGGAUCAACUAAAAGGAUUUCAAGUGUUGGUCGACACUACACCUGAUACCUAUGGUUUUACUCGACAUUAUGACGACAUAACAGGCAUUUCCAGAGCUGUUGGCAAACCGUUCUUAAGUGCCGUUGAAUGCGCUUCAUUUGAUGUGACCUCCAGUGACACUGACGUUAUUACUUUGAACUGUCAACAACCCAUUGAAGGUCAGUAUGUCGUCAUCUUUAUGAAAGACCGUUUCGAUUCCUUGAGAUUAUGUGAAGUCAAAGUGUUUGGUGAAGAAUCCUGUGGAAGACCAUUAGGUAUGGCAACAGAAGAAAUACUAGAUAUGGCUAUAAGUGCCUCAUCUGUUGACAAUCACGGCUUCAUUCAUCACCAAAUAAAUGCCCGAUUAAAUAGUCCUAAUGCCUGGUGUGCAACCAUUAAUGAUCCACAAAAAUAUAUUCAAAUUGAUUUACUUUAUGGUAACGACAAAAUAUUGUCUGAAGAAACAGAUGAAAAGAUUUUGUUUCCGAUUCAAGAGUAUGUGACAGUUGUGGGCAUUGCUAUGCAAGGAAUGGUUAACGCAUUCAAAAGUUCUUUUGUCACACAGUUUCAGCUGUUCUUUAGUAACGACACUAAGAACUGGACCUUUGAAGAGGAACCCAUUGGUAGACAAAAGGUCUAUAAAUGCGUUCAAUGCGACUCUCAAAGUGUUAGCGUUGAUGGAAAUGAUAUAGUGAUGCAUCACCUCUUGAAACCUAUAUUUGCUCGAUAUGUCAGAGUCAAGAUAUUAAGCUUCAAGUUAGCCCCAUGUCUUAGACUGGAAGUGAUUGGAUGUAGAGAUUCAUCGAAAUCCUGUGUUAUGACAUUAACGGAACCGAUGGGAGUCAUAUAUUCACCAAACUAUCCCUUUUAUUACGCCCAAAGCAAGUCGUGCUGGUGGCACAUCAAUCCCGGUCCCAACAAACACGUUGAACUCGACUUUGUUAUUAUCGAUUUGGCCACUAAAGACAAAAAUAUGGGAAAAUGUUACGAUUCAUUGUCUAUAUAUCAUCCAAACGAAACAGUCAUAGAAUCGCAUACCCGUCCAAACUCUGCCCUUUCAAUUAAAACAAGACUCUAUCCAAAAAAGAUUAUAUCAAACGGAGCCAUAAGUUUGCAUCUAAAGACUUGCUUUCGGUUUUCAAUCAGUAGAUUUCAAGGAUUUUAUGCCAAAUAUAAGACAUCAUUGUGUCCGGGAUGUGGUAUUGGGGAUUCAGUUUGCAAUAAAAUUUAUAAUUGCUCCGAAAACUGUGGUCGAAUACUAUCAAUUAACUAUCCAAUGAACUAUACAAAUAACCACCGGUGCCAAUGGCUUAUAACAGCACCACAAGAAUCUUAUAUCAAUGUCACUAUUGAUGACUUUGAUGUUCCCAACACAUCGAUAGGGACGUCAACCCGUGAUUGUAUAUUUGAUUACAUUUCGUUUACUGAUGUGUCAACCGGUCAACUAAUUGGCAAAUUUUGUAACAUAAAAAAACCACCGAAACAUAUACUAUCGAAUUGGAAUAAACUUCUCAUUGAAUUCAAUACCGAUUCUACUAUAUCUGGCCGUGGCUUUAGUAUCACUUAUUCGGCACAAAAAUUUGAGUUAAGUGACAAACUGGCCCAACAAAUGAUUGGACCAUUAGGUGCCUGUCCGACAAACUGGAUAUACUUUAGAGGCUAUUGUUAUAAUGCAUUCUUUGAGAAAGAAUCGUUGCAAUGGUAUCAAUCAGAAGAAAAAUGUGCUCAAUUUGAAAAGGGAAGGGACGGACACUUAGUUAGUAUAACAGAUCAACACGAGAUGCAAGUCGUUCACUACCUAUUAAUUAAUAAAUGGAAAGUAAGUCCUCAUCAAAGUAUUUACAUCGGUUUGAUUGACACAAACAGAGAAGGAUUUUAUAACUGGAGUGACGGAAAUCCCAUGAGUUAUACUGAUUGGUCGUAUGGCGCAGAAAAUGAAGAAGACUCGCAACCUGAUGGCGGAGCCUUCGAAGAUUGCACUGUCAUUAAGAUAGACUCGAGUCACUCGACGGCCAACUGGCACGACAUCCCAUGUUCUUUAGGCAAACGGACUAAUGUUUCACAAAAGGCUAACAUCAAUAAUACAAUAAAUACAACAAAAAUAAUGUCAGAUGUAAUCAGUAGUUAUAUCUGUAAAAUGGAUUCCAGUUAUUCCAGUCAACAGUUUCGACUUCGGAAACCAUUAUUCACUAAUAUUAUCAAUAAAAAUGAAAAAGAGAUCUAUAAACGAGUUGAUGACAAUAGAUAUUUUGUAUGUGAAAACUUAGAGGUCAUCUCAAAUCUCUUCAAAUGUGACGGAACUCCAAAUUGUAGAGAUGGAAGCGAUGAAGCAUUUGGUUGUGAUAUUACUGGCAAUUCAUGUCUUGAGUCACAAUUCCAAUGCGCUAAUGGAAGAUGUAUUGCCAUUGGAAUGUAUUGCGAUUUUGUUGACGACUGUGGCGAUGGAAGUGAUGAGUUGUUUUGCGAGAGACGACAGUGUAAAAAGACAACUGAAUUUCGGUGCAAUAAUCACCAGUGCAUACCUCUGUCAAAGAGAUGUGAUUUACUCACCGAUUGCAAAGAUUUGAGUGAUGAGGGCUUUGCCUGUACUUUGAUUGCAACGCCUUGUAAUCUAAACACAACCUUCCAAUGCUAUUAUGGUAACUGUAUUCCCAUAUAUACUCUCUGUGAUCGGCACCGGGAUUGUCCCGGAAAGUUUCAUGAAGACGAACAAUCAUCUAAAUGUCAAAGGAAUAGUACUGCUAAAGUAGUGGAGAAGCGGGGCAUACAUCAGAUAUCAACUAUUUGGCACACAAAACAAAUUCACGACCAAAUGGAAAGGGUUUGGUCUCGACAGGAGAGGAGUGUUUGCCUUUCAAUUAAAAGGAAAACCUGUCGGGAUUUACAAAUUUAUGAUAACAUCCAAACAAAUGGCACUUACUUUAUAGAACCGGAGGACUCGACUACAAUUGGGAUGUCAGUCCAGUGUUAUUUUACACCCAACACAGCAAAGACAGUCAUACACCACGACUCUGAGGUUAGGAUUUAUGUUCGCAGUGAUAUCGAUGGACCGGCCAGUUAUUGGAGAGUAAUCACUUAUCAAUACAAUAUGGACUCAAUUGCAGCGCUUAUUGCUAACUCAGAUACCUGUAGACAAUAUAUCAGUUGGCAGUGUUCGGGAACGGGAUUUCGAUUUAAUUCAACAAAACCCGUUUCAUAUUGGAUUUCAAGACAAGGCGGUUCUCAAUACUCAUGGGGCGGAGCACUUAGUGGUAGAUGCAGUUGUUAUCCUAACUGUGUUCAGAAAAAUCUUAGUUGUAAUUGUGAUUCAGAAAUUAAGUUUGAAUGGCAGGAGGAUUCAGGUUAUAUAACAGACAAAAACAAACUUCCAGUUUCCCGAUUAGUUUUUGGAGAGACAUACAAAUUAGGACAAUCCGGUUACUUUUAUCUCGGACCUCUUGAAUGUGAUGGAAAUGCUAGAAAUAGACACCAUUUAGAGUCGUGUGGAGUUAAUAGCAAACUAGACUUUAAGUGUCAAUCCGGACAAAUAAUUGAUGACAAAUUCAGAUGUAUUUAUGAAUUUGAUCAGUUAGGCUAUCAAAUUGGUUGCAGAGAUGUCUCACAUUUACGCGAUUGUGAAACUUAUGAGUGUCCUCCAGAUUAUGUCAAAUGUACCGACUCUUACUGUAUUCCUCCUCGAUAUAUAUGCAAUGGUAAAUGGGAUUGUGUGGGUGGUUCUGAUGAAGUGGGUUGCGCCCGAUAUAUAUGUCCGGGACAGUACAAGUGUGCCAAUGAAAGCUCUUGCGUUUUACUUCACCAAUUAUGCGAUGGUAUUAGACAUUGUCCACUAGGAGAUGAUGAGUGGUUCUGUGACCUCACGUGUCCCGACAAUUGCACGUGCAUUGGAUUGUAUGUUGACUGCAGAAAUGCUAAUUUAAGUCGACUUCCCAUUGAGUUCAUACCAAAAGACACUCGAAAACUAGAGCUCACAAACAAUUAUUUGGGUCCCAAUCUGUCAAACUCUGAUUUCAGCUCAUAUGGAGAGUUAGGAGAACUAAUACUUCAGAGAAAUGGCAUAGAAGUGAUUAAAUCUCGAAAGUUUCUUCAAUUGACAAAUCUUUAUAAAUUAGAUCUUCGAUAUAAUAACAUACAAGUGCUCGAAUCGGCCGCUUUUGCUGGUCUUAAACGUGUGACAACCUUAUUGUUAGAAGAAAAUUACAAUUUAGCGGUUAUAGAGCCGCGAGCUUUCGUUGGACUCACUUCUCUAAGACAAAUGAAUAUUUCUAAUACUAAUAUCAAAGUAUUGUAUGAAAAUGUUUUUCUUCAGAUGUCUUCUUUACAAACACUUAUUUUAAUGCAAAACGGACUCCAAGUCAUAGAAAAGGGAGCAUUCAAUGAGUUGUCGUCAUUGAUCUCACUUGAUAUCAGAGAUAAUGAUUUUCAAACAUUUCCUAAAGACAUGUUUAGUGCUUUAAAAUCAUUGAGAUUUUUAUCAACUGAUAGCUUCAAAUUUUGCUGUUUGGCGGCUAAUAUCGUGCCAUUUGAGAGAUGUCUGCCACCUCAGGACGAGAUAUCUGAUUGUGAAGACUUGAUGUCUAAUAUCGUCCAAAGAAUAAUUCUUUGGUUUUUAGGAGUUGUGGCUCUAUUGGCAAACGCAUCGGUCAUUAUAUGGCGAUUCCAAACACGUCUYUACUCUAAUCCCGUCAGUUCUACGCUUAUUCUAUCUCUUGGUUGCGCCGACUUCUUAAUGGGUAUAUAUCUUAUGAUAAUUGCAUCCGUCGAUGAAUUUUACAGGGGUCGAUAUAUAGAAAAUUCUGAUAUCUGGAAGAAUAGUAUUCUUUGCAAUAUUUGUGGAUUUUUGUCUACCGUUUCAUCAGAAGUAUCGGUCGCAACCCUUGUCUUUAUAACAGUCGAUCGUUUAAUAUGUAUAUCAUUUCCAUUUUCUUUAAAAAAAUAUACAAUGAGUUUAACUUAUAGACUUAUAACCCUAUCGUGGAUAAUAGUUUUAUUUAUUGCGGGUUUACCAUUAUUGCCGAUUCCCUAUUUCAAUGGUAAAUUUUACGCCCGAUCCGGUACUUGUCUGGCACUACAUAUAACACCCCAUAAACCGGACGGUUGGGAAUAUUCAGUGGCAAUUUUUUUGUGCGUAAACUUAGUGGCUUUCCUUGUAAUAGUUGGCUGCUAUUGUUAUAUGUAUAAAACCAUACGUUUAUCACGAAAAAAAAUGAAUAGACUUAAAGCCAGACAAGUCAGGGAAACACAGGUUGGCCGACAAAUGGCUCUAAUAGUGAUCACAAACUUCUUGUGUUGGUUUCCCGUAAUAGUUAUGGGAAUGAUGUCUUUGACAGGAUUUACAAUACCCGGAACAGCCUAUUCGUGGACAGCAGUGUUUGUCUUCCCAUUAAAUUCAGCGACAAAUCCUAUAAUCUAUAGCUUAGCUCAGUCUCCCAUUUCUUUGUUCACAUUUAAGUCAAAACGGGAUUCACUGACGAGUAGAUCKUUGUUGAUGUCACUCAAACAUAAGGGUAAAACAGUUAACAGAAGUACAAGCAAUUCAAAUAACAAACUAAUCCGCGGACCACCCGGUUAUUUGCCACUCAUCGACUUCUUGGCUGAAACUGAAGAUCUAAAGCCAAGACAUUUGCUUGAAAUUAGUUAUUCAAUCAGUCAACUCAUCAAAGAAGUUCAUGGAAGAGGUCACACAUUGGGUGGUAUUGACUUCCAGUCUAUUUAUGUGUCAAACAAAUUAUCUGGAGGUCGUCUCGAAGCUUACAUACCGGACCUCAAUAUUUAUCCGGUGGUCGACACAGAAGUCAAUGACGAAUAUGCCUUUGAUAUGGAAGAGUUGGGAAAUACAGUCAAACGGAUGCUUAGGAUAUAUCACAAUAAAAUCAAUUGCGGACCAAAUGAUGACAACAAAUACACCACUCAUGACAGCCAACACUUGCCAUCAAUUGAAUCAAAUGAUUGCAAUCAUUAA